AUGACGGAGAAUUCUAUUUCCGACUUUGAUAACGGUUCUGAUAAUAACGAGUUUGAAACUAUCGCUGAUUCUUUUCCUACCCACGUCGUUGGUACAGUUUGUUUUGCUCGUGGUGGUAAUGAUGAUGAUGAUAGUAAUGAGGUUAAUGUGGGUGAUGGUGUUGUUGCUUCUGAUGAUGAAAAAGAUUUUUUAAGUAUUGCUAAUAGGGAUGAUUUUUUAAAUGGCGAUUGUGGCGAUGGUGAUGAUGAUAAAGACGACGGUACUGACGAUGAUAAAGACGACGGUACUGACGAUGAUAAAGAUGACGGUACUGACGAUGAUAAAUACGACGGUAUUGACGAUGAUAAAGACGGCGGUACUGACGACGAUAAUAUCAAUGACGAUGAUACCGAUGUGAGCGAUGACGACGGUGAAGAUGAUAUUUUUGAUGUUGCUGAGUAUGAUACUGUUGAAGACGAUAUUGAAUCCGAUGAUAGUAUGAAUAACGAUGAGCUUAAUGAUGAUACUGCUUCUGCAGUUACUGCUGCUGAUUUUGCUGUUGAAAAUGAUGACAAUGAUGAUACAACUGAUGCUCGUAAUGGCUGGGAUGAAUAUGACGAUGAUAAUGAUGAAUAG